CAUCAUGGAAAAGCAAGUGCUUGGAUCCUCCGAGGAGCACACGUUUCAGUACCAAGACUCUCUGCCUCCCUUGCCAGUACCUCCUCUUGACGAAUCUUUAAGUAAAUACCUCGAUGCCGUGAAGCCAUUUCUAAACCAAGAGGAAUAUCAAAGAACUGAGGAUAUAGUUAAAAAAUUUUUAGAGUUGCAUCAGAAAUUACUGGAAAGAGCUAAAAUGAGAAGGAACUGGCUGGAGGACUGGUGGCUGAACGUGGCUUAUCUUGAUCUUCGCAACUCAACGCAGAUACACUGUAAUAUGGGAGGCCCUGGUCCAUAUAUUGAGCACUGCUGGCCACCCAAAGAGGGCACUCAGAUAGAAAGAGCAUGUGUGAAUAUAUGGCACACCCUGAAGUACUGGGAUCUGUUACGAGCAGAGAAGGUGGCUAUAGAGAGGUCUGGGAAUAGUGUUCUGGACAUGAACCAAUUUCGAAUGCUCUUCUGCACUUGCAGAAUUCCUGGAGUUACCAGAGACUCGAUCGGCAGUUAUUUUAAAACUGAGAAUGAAGGUGAAUGCCCAUCUCACUUAAUAGUCCUGUGUCGAGGUCGAGUGUUUGCAUUUGAUGCUAUGCACGAGGGCAGUAUGGUGACUCCUCCAGAGAUUUUCAGGCAACUUACUUAUAUACAGAAAAGAUGCCAUAGUGAGCCAGAUGGACCAGGACUGGCAGCACUAACAAGCAAUGAAAGGACAAAAUGGGCAGAGUUACGGGAAUAUUUGAUUGAUCUUGAUCCAAAGAACUUAACUCUUCUGGAAAAAAUUCAGAGAAGUUUGUUCGUGGUCUGCCUUGAUGAUUCUAGUCCCCAUGCAACUCCUGAGGACUACACAGAGCUUACAAGGCUGGGGCUGGCAGGUGACCCGACUGCACGCUGGGGAGAUAAAUCCUACAAUAGCAUAUUCUUUUCCAAUGGAACCUGUAGUGCCUUCUGUGAUCAUUCUCCUUUUGAUGCCAUGGCUUUAAUUACCAUGUUAUCUUAUGCCGAGAAGAAGAUUAUUGAAAGUGAGGGAAAAUGGAAGGGAUCAGAUAAUGUGAGGGAUAUUCCAUGGCCAGAGGAACUGGUGUUCACAGUGGAUCAGAAAAUUAUAGAUGAAAUUGAACGUACUAAAGAAUUCUAUUACAAGAAGGUAUCUGACUUGCAGCUAGUGUCUUAUGCCUUCACAUCUUUUGGCAAAGCAUUGAUUAGAAAGAAGAAACUUCAUCCUGAUACGUUUGUGCAGCUUGCCCUUCAGCUUGCUUAUUACAAAUGUCAUGGACGUCCUGGCUGCUGUUACGAAACUGCCAUGACCAGGCGUUUCUAUCAUGGCCGCACAGAGACCAUAAGACCGUGUACUGUGGAAGCAGUGGAAUGGUGCAAGUCCAUGCUGGAUCCUUCUGACAGUAAUUAUCAACGACUACAGCUGAUGCAUAAGGCAUUUGCAAAGCACAAUAAAAUGAGGAAAGAAUGUGAGAAUGGAAAAGGCUUUGAUCGUCAUCUUCUGGGUCUCCUGCUCAUAGCACAGGAGCAAGGACUGCCAGUGCCAGAACUUUAUGGGGACAAAGCCUUCACAGCUAGCGGAGGAGGUGGGAAUUUUAUUCUUUCAACUAGUCUGACUGGCUACACUAGGUUUAGUGGAUCUGCAGUCCCUAUGGUACAACAUGGCUAUAGCUUUUUUUAUUCAAUCAGAGAUGACAGGAUCGUUACUACCUGUUGUUCUUGGAAGUCAUGUCCAGAGACUGAUGCAGAAGUGCUGUGUAGAACUGUGUUCCAGUGUUUUCGUGACAUGCUGCAAUUAACAGUUACAGCUCAGCUGUAAGCUUGAUAAUGAUAUAAAAGGCUUUGCAAGCUCACAAGCUAUAUGUAGUACUUAAAA